CGUCGAGGUCUUGACAGUCGUGGCGGGCACCUAAGACCGAUAAGUCGCAUGUUGUUAAAUUCGUUUUAUGUGUCGUACGACUUUAAUUAUAUUUCUUACCGAGCAACCUAAACGAUUACUUUAACACCGCGAAUCACGGAAUAUCGACACGAGUCGUCCGCACACAACAUAGAGCCAUUAAAAGAAAACUCCGAAGAAAACUGAAACAUUUAACUAUAUGAACUGGAAAGUUUUCUUUCGUGUAAAACCAGUCUGCAAUAUGUCAUCAAGACUUAAAGUGCUGUUAGUACGGAAUAAUUUCCCAAAAAAAGCCAUUGAUUUGUUGAGUACAAGAUUCGACUUGGAAGUAUGUAAAAUGAGUAAUAUAAAUGGUAAGUCAGUGACCACGCAAGACAUUAUCGAUUGCAUUCCUGGGAAAUUUGCAUUAUUCUGUUUUAGUGAAAUUGAUGUAAAUGAAGCAGUUCUGAAAGCAGCAGGACCCAAUUUCAAAGUGGUUGGUACAAUGUCGGUAGGAUACAACCAUGUGGAUUUAACGGCUAUGAAAAAAUAUGGAGUCCGUCUCGGAUACACACCUGGGGUUUUGACAGAAACAGUGGCUGAACUCGCUGUGGGUCUCGUCAUAGCCACUUCCCGGAGGUUUUUUGAAGCGAACCGUGAACUGAAAACAGGUGGAUGGAAGGAAUGGAAUCCCACGUGGAUGUGUGGUAGAGGGAUUUCAAAUUCUGUUGUAGGUAUCAUCGGUUGCGGUAACAUCGGAACAUCGAUUGCUGAAAAAUUGAGUAAAUUCAAAAUUUCUCAACUAUUGUAUACGAGUAGAUGUGAAAAGCCUGAUGUCAAAGCCCUUGGCGGACGGUUGGUCUCAGUGGAUGUGUUGGUUAAGAGUAGCGAUUUUAUUGUGGUCGCUAUGGCUCUGAACGAGGAUACGAAAUUUAUCGUGAACAGAGAUCGUAUCGCCUCCAUGAAACCCAAUGCCAUACUGGUGAACGUCGGCCGUGGAGAACUGAUUGAUCAAGACGCUUUGGUCGAAGCGCUACAAGAAAAGAGGAUCAGAGGCGCUGGAUUGGACGUAAUGACGCCCGAACCGUUACCGCUUGACCAUCCUCUGAUGACUAUGGACAAUGUUUUACUGUUGCCGCAUAUAGGAUCCUCGACAUUGGAAACAGAGGAUGAAAUGGCCAUGUUGACCGCGCAAAAUAUAUUGGCCGUUUUGGAUGGCAAACCUAUGCCUUGUGAAGUGAUUUUAUAGACUCUAGUGUAGGGUUGCCAUACGUCCUGGAAAACUGGGAUUGUCACCAGUUUUGGAUUUCGCGUCCCGGCGUCCCGAAAAAUGUUUUCGGAACGUCCAUAUGUCCCGGCUUAGACGUUUAGAGGAAAUGUAGUAUUGUUUAAUUUUUA